AGUGAGUUGUUGUUCAAACGGAUCAAUAGUCUGUGCUGCUGCGGCUGCGGUCCAGGCUGCAGCGGUGGGGAUUUGACUCCAGAGGUUUCUUGCAGCUGGACGUGCGCCACUUUGAGCAACUUGCUGAAACAUGAGGCAACACUGUGCUCUGAAACAUGGAAUAUUCAAGGAGUUCCUGGCAGAAUUUCUUGGGACUUUUGUUCUGGUUCUGUUCGGCUGCGGCUCAGUGGCUCAGAACGUCCUGAGUCGAAACACUCUGGGCGAGCCGAUCACCGUCCACAUCGGCUUCUCCGUGGGCCUCAUGAUGGCCGUGUACGUGUCUGGGGGGAUAUCAGGGGGCCAUGUGAACCCCGCUGUCUCUCUGGCCAUGGUGGUUCUGGGCAAACUGAAGAUCUGGAAGUUUCCCUUUUAUGUCAUCGCUCAGUUUCUGGGUGCUUUUGCAGGAGCUGCUGCAGUCUUUGGACUUUACUACGAUGCCUUCAUGGAGUUCACGAGCGGGAUUCUGUCGGUGACGGGGAUCAACGCAACAGCUCAUAUUUUUGCCUCCUACCCUGCGAGACACCUGUCAGUUCUUGGCGGCUUCAUUGAUCAGGUGGUGGGUACAGGCAUGCUGGUUCUGUGUAUUCUCGCCAUCAUCGAUGGCGGGAAUAUCGGCGCUCCUAAAGGCGUGGAGCCGCUGGCCAUCGGCCUGAUCAUCACGGCCAUCAGCGUGUCCAUGGGUCUAAACUGCGGUUACCCCGUGAACCCCGCUCGAGACCUGGGACCCCGACUGUUCACGGCGGUGGCAGGGUGGGGGAUGGAGGUCUUCAGCACGGGGGACAACUGGUGGUGGAUCCCAGUGGCAGGGCCCAUGGUGGGAGGCGUGGUCGCCGCCAUCAUCUACUUCCUGCUGAUCGAGCUGCACCAUCCCCACGACGAGGCCGAGAAGGCCCACGAGGAGGAAGAGGAGGAGGAGGAGGAGGAAGAGGACGAGGACAGCAGCCUUAAAGACAAAUAUGAGAUGAUCGCCAUGACUUAGAGCAGGGGUGUCCAAACAUUUUGUCACGUGGGCCAAAAUCAUAGUCAGAAGGACUUGAGGGCCAAAAAUAUUUU